AUGGUUGAGAUGAGGAAUAUGAUGCUGCAGAUGCAAAAAGACAGACAAAAUGAUGAGGCACGGAUUGAGUCCAUUCUAGCUCACAACAAGAUGUUAAUGAACCAGUUGGCACAAUUGGUUACUUCGAACUCUACUCGACAGCAAGGUGCUCUACCAGCACAGUCUAUCCAUCCAACAGAUUUGGCAAACGCCAUCACCCUCCGCAAUGGUUCUCAUUAUAAUGAACCAUACAUGCCUACUGAUGAUAUUGUGAGUGUCAAUAACGAUGGGAAACGGGUCCAAGAUGAAUCGAAAACUGACAAGGAGAACUCUAAGCAAGUGACUGAACAUAAAGAGACAAAUAAGGCCAAACAACAUGCUAUUGAGAUUCCUCUUAUCAAACUUCCUUUUCCAAAUCGUCGCUCAAGAGUAACUGUUCCUUUUACAGAACUAAUUACUCAAGUGCCUGCUUAUGCAAAAUUCAUGAAAGAUAUCUUAACUAGGAAAAGGGCUUUUAAUGAGGUGGAGACAGUUGCAUUUACUGAGGAGUGCAGUGCCUUUUUGCAAAAUAAGUCUCCACCAAAAUUAAAAGAUCCUGGUAGUUUCUCUAUUCCCUGUCACAUUGGUAGACUAUUCAUUGAUAAAGCAUUGUGUGAUUUAGGUGCUAGUGUGAGUGUUAUGCCAUUAUCUGUUUCAUCGAAAUUAAACAUGGGAAUUUUAAAAGUCACUAACAUUACUCUGCAAAUGGCUGACAGAUCUGUUAAAUACCCCCUCGAUAUUCUAGAAGAUGUGCCUGUUAGGGUAGGAAAAAAUUUUAUUCCCGUUGAUUUUGUUGUGCUUGACAUGGAGAAAGACACACAAAUUCUAAUUAUAUUGGCUCGGCCCUUCCUCCAUAUUGUAGGUGUAGUAAUUGAUGUGAAAAAUGGUAAACUUACACUAUCGGUAGGAGAUGAUCAAGUCACUUUUAAUCUGAGCACCGCUGUGAAAAGUCCUAUGCUAGAGGAAAAAUGUUACAGUAUUGAUGUGGUUGAUGUAAUUUGCCAUGAUAACAUGCCCCAAGCUCUCUCUGGAGAUCCCUUGAAGGCGGUACUUUGUCUUGAUUUUUUCUCAUAUGAAGUCAGUAUUUGGAGUAAUGAGAUCGCUGCUAUUGAGAAGGCUCUGGCAAGCGAAGAGGUUGACCUUAGUGAAUGCCACAAGAUAAAGAGGUUGGUUCAAUCUGCGUGCAAUACUGAGGUAAAGAAACCCGAACUUAAACCUCUCCCCUCUCAUUUGAAGUAUGUGUUUUUUGAUGAACAUGAGUUAAAUCUUGUAAUAGUCAGUGCUGCACUUGAUAACUGCCAACUCUCCCAACUUUUGACUGUUUUGAAAACUCAUAAGAAGGUCAUUGGGUACAGUAUUGAUGACUUGAAGGGUAUAAGCCCCGAUUUUUGUAUGCACAGGAUACACCUCGAGGAUGAUCAUAAGUCUUGCAUUCAACCACAAAGGAGACUUAAUCCAAACAUGCAAGAAGUGGUUAAGAAAGAAGUUAUGGAACUACUUGAUGCAUGUAUUAUCUAUUCUAUUGCUGACUCUAAGUGGGUAAGUCCUGUAUAA